AUGAUAAACGAUAACAAAGAGAAGAGGGAGUUUAACACAAAGCUUAAGCAAAUGACGAAUCCAAGAAAAAUGGAGAAAGAGAGAGCCGAAAAUGGCAAUGUUGGCACUUCAAGAUAUACUUCUAAGAUGAUGUUAUGUAGGGAAACCAUCGCUAAAUAUUUCUACAUUACAAUUAAACAGGAAGCCAAGGAGGUGAAUGUUGGAAUUACACUGUUGAAAAAAUUUUGUAGAGACUUGGGCAUUCAUCGGUGGCCUCAUCGAAAACUUAUGAGCCUGGAAACUCUUAUUAAUAAUGUCCAGCAGGAGUUUAGUAAGGAGUUUGGCGGGAAAGUAGAAGGGAAGUCGAGGGAAGCAAUACUGAUACUGGAAAGAGAGAGGAAAAAGCUGGAAGAGAUUCCAGAUUUACAAGUAGAACACAAUACAAAGAGAUUGAGACAAACAUGCUUUAUGUCUAUCUCCAAGAAAUGA